AUGGCGGCGAACCGCGCCACCAUCCACGACCUGCCCCAGUCGCUGCUCGGCGACGUCCUCGCCAGGGCGCCGUUUGUUCAAAGGCACGGCUCCCUGGCGCGCGUGUGCCGUGCCUGGCGCCAGCUGGUGCUGUCCCCGCAGCUGCUGCGGCGGGUUGAGGUGCACUUGCAGUUUCGGGAUCCCUGCCUGUAUGACUAUGGGACAGACGGCUCGUGGGUGUUGGACCAGGAGCACGACCCGGCAGCGUCGCUGCUUUGCAGCCUCACCUUCUUCCCCUGGCUGGAGGCCCAUGCGGCGCCGCACGUGGAGCAGCUGACCAUCAGAACGCGGAGGCUGGUGUUUGACAUUGACGAUUAUGAGGAGAGCUUGGAGGUGGUUGCGAGGCGCCUGCGCGACAGCCUGGGGCGCUGCGACGUGCUGACGCACCUGACGAUCGCGCUGCGGCAGGGGCCGCUGCACUUCCACGCCUCCGACCUGGCGGCGGCGCCCCGCCUGCGCUCCCUCUCCCUCACCAUCUCCGACCUGGAGCAUCCAGACUCCUCCGGCCUGCUGGAGGUCGACGGCCUGCUGGCGCUGACGGCGCUCGAGAGCCUGACGCUGGUGGGGGCCGCGCUGGACCUCGGCGGCACCUCCCUUGCGCCGAAAUGGCAGUCCUGGGCACGGCCGCGGGGCCCCAAGCCUCACGACGGGCUGCCCCCCAGCCUCACCAGCCUCGCCCUGGAUGGCUACGCGGAUUUUAAGAGCUCCGUGCGCCGCUUCCUGCCACAGCAGCUCACCGCGCUCAGCAGCCUUCGCAGGCUGGCGCUGGGCAAUGUGGCUGCAGACAGCCCCGCCGCCUACAUCGUCCUGUCUCGCGUGUCCAGCCUGGAAGAGCUGACGCUCUUCCGCUGCUCCCACCUGCCCACCUGCCUGCCCCAGCUCUCCUCCCUGCAUGCUCUGCGGCUGGACAGUACUCCCCGCGGCCUUGCAUUCCCUGAUGAGGCUGCUGGUGCGCUGGAGCAGCUGGCAGCAGGGCUGCAGGCGCUGGGUCCGCUGGCGCACCUGACGCACCUGUCGCUGGAAGGCAUGCCGGAGCUGCCGCCCACGAUCACGGGCCUCACGCAGCUGCGGGCGCUCUACUGGGGAGCCGAGCGGCCACGCGAGCCGCGGCUGCCGGCCGGCCCCUGGACGGCGGGGCUGCAGCAGCUGGCCCUGUCGUGCCAUGUGGCGGCCAACAGCCUGGCGGUGCUGUCGGCAGCGACACGGUUGGAGUGCCUGGCUGUGUUUGGGUCUUCGAGUUAUGAAAAUAAAGAUGCAGCUGCUGAGCUGCAGGUGGCGGCCUGGGCUGCCAAGCACCCCGGGCUGCGGAGGCUGGCUGUGUCCAAUGGCAACAGCUGUGAGCGGCGGGAGCAUCUUGAUGCUGGGUUGGCGCAGCUGCGCCUGCCGCCCACUCUGAGCAUUGAGCAAGGCAGCGCUUUGUUGGCUCAGCUCCAGAAUGUGUGA